AUGUUUUCCUUUGUGGGUUUAGGUGCGCUCCAUCGGCAUCAGGUGCGCUCCAUCGGCAUCAGGUGCGCUCCAUCGGCAUCAGGUGCGCUCCAUCGGCAUCAGGUGCGCUCCAUCGGCAUCAGCAACUACGACGUGUAUCUGACGCGCGACUGUCUGGCGUACAGCAGCGCAGUGAGGCCAGCAGUGAACCAGGUGGAGACGCACCCCUACUUCCAGCGCGCCUCGCUGCUGUGCUUCUGCUCCAAGCACGGCGUCACCCUCACUGCCCACACGCCCCUGGGCGGCGGCGCUGCCAACGAGGAGCUCUUCAAGUCCAAGUCCCCGCUCUCCGACCCCGUUGUGCUCGAGCUGGCUGCAAAGCACAACAAGACAGCGGCGCAGGUGGUGUUGCGGUGGGGAGUGCAGCGCAACACGGUGGUGAUACCCAAGUCCAACCGAGUGGAGCGCCUGGCGGAGAACAUAGCCAUCUUUGACUUUGAGCUCGAUGCUGGCGGCAUGGCCCGGAUGGAGGGCCUUGACGCAAAAGCUAGGAGCAACAACCCGACUCCCUUUUGGGGCAUCGAUUUGUAUGCUUAG